GUAGCUCCACCAGGUGGCAGCACUUCGUCAAAAAUACCAAUUGUUUUUACGAUAAUACUUAAAUUUGUGAUUAAAGUUUUCCUUUUAAGAUUGCAUUAACGAGAAAAAUAUCGUGCGGUGUCUUGUAAGUAGUAUCAUGUUUUUCUGUGUUAUAAAUUGCAUUAAACGAAACUUAUCGUUGAAAGUCUAACAUAUUAGAAAGUGUUACGUUAGGAUUAAGACUAUCAAUAGCUUAUAUGUUGAAAAUGCUUUUCGCUGAAUAAAAUCCCGUGUUAAGAUAUACUUCCUAAAAGUCAUAUAGAAUUUAACGGCAAUGAAUUGUUCCAACCGAAAUGAGUAUUGCAACAAUUUGUUGAGGUUAUGUUUUCGUUGAAUCGAAGAUUUACUGAUAUCUGAUAAAGAAACGCACAGAGGAAACGUGCACGUCUGUAUAUGUCAUUCAAAUAACGCGCCUGUCACAUUUAAAUACAACCAUAGACAAUUCUCUUUUUUUUGUCCUAUUUGGAUCAACGAAAUACGUAAGUACGUUGGUUAAUUAUCUCUUUGUACUUGUUUUAUCUCGCUGGUAAAGUUUGUUACAUAAUAACGUCAUGUUUUUAAUUGAACGAUAAAUCAUUGUAUGGUCACGGGUUAAACUUUAUCCCCUCUUUUCAGCAUACAUUAUACGUCAGUCUAUUCGCGCAAGUUUUCCUCAGUUCCGCCAUAUGAAUGUAAUUCGUAUUCAGCGCAUCAAUACGUGGUACUAACGUGCAUUGUGUCCAAAAGCUGGAUGAAGUUCCACUUUAGUCAUGAAUACUGCGUAAAAAACGUUUGCACUACACCAGUUUUAUUAAAUAUAGUUUCUUUCAAGACGAAGACUCGAAGAAAGGAAAAAUUCUUCAAAGAUGGGUCGUACAGUGACGGUAGCUGUUUGCUCGUUGAAUCAGUGGGCACUGGACUUCGAGGGAAAUUCCAGGAGGAUCUUGCAAAGUAUUCAGGAAGCUAAAGAUGCUGGCGCUACUUAUAGAAGCGGUCCAGAGCUAGAAAUUAGCGGUUACAGUUGCGAAGACCAUUUCUACGAGUCAGAUACGUUGCUCCACAGUUGGGAAGUACUCGCAACGAUUCUCAAGUCACCUGUGACCGAGGAUAUGCUGAUAGACGUUGGUAUGCCGGUCAUGCACAAAAAUGUGACGUACAAUUGCCGUGUAGCCUUUCUGAAUCGACGAAUUCUCCUUAUCAGACCCAAGAUGCAGAUGUGCGAGGAUGGCAAUUAUAGAGAAUCCAGAUGGUUCUCGCCGUGGACCAAGGAACGGACAGUGGAGGACUACUUUCUACCUAGAAUGAUAUCUCAGAUCACCAACCAGACGGUGGUGCCGUUUGGCGAUGCUGUUAUAUCGACCAGAGACACGUGCGUGGGUUUCGAAAUUUGCGAAGAACUCUGGAACCCGAUGAGCAAUCAUAUUCCAAUGUGCCUGGAUGGCGUUGAAAUCAUUGCAAAUGGUAGUGGUUCAUACUUCGAACUACGGAAAGCAUACGUCACCGUAGACUUAGUCAAGUCGGCUACAUUCAAAUCGGGUGGUUGUUACAUGUUCAGUAACUUGAGGGGCUGUGAUGGUUCUAGACUGUACUUUAACGGAGGAUCCUCUAUUACCUUGAAUGGUCAAAUCUUAAAUCGUGGUAAACAGUUUGCACUGGAUGAAGUAGAGGUGAUUGUAGCAACCUUUGAUCUGGAGGAUAUAAGGAGUUAUAGAAAUAAUAUUAGAUCAAGAUCUCAUGUAGCUGCCAGACAACCAAGCUAUCCGCGUGUGAAGGUGGAUUUUGCUCUGACUUCUGAUAAUUUGAUUUCAACUCCUCCAGACCGACCGAUCGAUGUGGAUUUAGGUCCUUAUGAAAACGAAAAUACGACAGGAAAACUUGUGUAUCAUACACCAGACGAAGAAAUUUCAAUGGCCCCUGCUUGUUGGCUGUGGGAUUAUUUGAGGCGUUCUUGCCAAGGUGGAUUCUUUUUACCUUUGAGUGGUGGUGUUGAUUCUGCGUCGUCAGCAUGUAUCGUUUAUUCCAUGUGCGAUAUGAUCGUGAAUUCGGUUAACAAAGGAGACACACAGGUGUUGUCUGACAUCAGAAAAAUAGUCGGAGAUUGCGAAUACGUACCAACUGAUCCAAAACAGUUGUGCAAUACUCUCCUUGUUACUUGCUACAUGGGUACUGAAAAUUCAUCCUCCGAAACAAAGGCACGAGCAGCUGAACUCGCUAGCCAGAUUGGCUCUUAUCAUCAUAGUAUAGUAAUUGAUGUUGCUGUGUCUGCUAUUCUAACGAUUUUCCAACAAGUAACUAAAUUGACACCGAGAUUUAAAGUGCAAGGAGGAUCUCCUAGAGAAAAUUUAGCUCUGCAAAAUAUACAAGCCCGGUUGAGAAUGGUGAUAGCUUAUCUAUUCGCACAAUUAAUGCUGUGGGUGAGAGGACGACCGGGUGGUCUUUUGGUACUAGGAAGCAGUAAUGUGGACGAAGCGCUUCGAGGAUACUUCACGAAAUAUGAUUGCAGCAGCGCCGACAUCAAUCCUAUCGGUGGGAUUGCAAAGAACGAUUUAAAAUUAUUCCUUUCUUACUUUAGGAAGAAACAUGGAAUAACAGCUUUAGAUAAAAUCUUGGAUGCUCCUCCUACUGCAGAAUUGGAACCUCUUCAAGGAGGACAGCUCGCUCAACUUGAUGAAGUAGAUAUGGGUAUGACAUAUAGGGAGCUUGGUACUUUCGGACGUUUAAGAAAGCAGGAUUGUGCUGGUCCGUUCACUAUGUUCUGCAGACUCGUUCACAUGUGGGAUAAAUGUAGCUCAAAAGAAGUGGCGGAUAAGGUGAAACACUUUUAUAGAUGUUAUGCGAUAAAUCGACAUAAAAUGACUAUCUUGACACCAUCUUGUCACGCGGAGACUUACAGUCCCGACGACAACAGAUUCGAUCAUCGACCUUUCUUGUAUAAUCAUACGUGGAAAUGGCAAUUUAAUGCAAUCGACGAACAGGUGAAACGUCUUCUCAACGAGGAGAAAUCACCGAGAGGUCGAAAGGAUGUGCCGAAGGUACCUGCGAAGCCCAGAUACAUGCCGUUCUGCUCCGUAAUCAGUAAUAAAACACAUCCUGGAGUAGUAGUUUAACCGUAGCAGUAGCUCUCUCUGUCUCUUAUCAUUUUGAUAUUGCAGCCUUGCGAGCGCAUCGGAACGCAAGUUUACUAGAUGAACAUCUGUGCGACCGACGAGUUCCUUAUAUCAUCACUGCUAUUUCUUCCAUUAGAGAUCCCUCUAUGAAGAAGCAUUGGCUACACUUUGCUGUAAGGAAACUGGUGACUGGAAGAAUCGCAUGACUCAUAGAUUGUAUUAUAUUAAUGCAACUAAUGAGCAACUGUACAAGUAUCAAAAAUAUGCAAUUCCAUAUAUAUAUCUAUAUAUAUAUAUAUAUACAUAUACACAUAUAUUUAUGUAAAUGAUGUACUUUAUUCUUAGUACCUAUAAUCAUCCUCUUCAGUCAUUUUAUAUAUCUAUGUGUUUGUAUGGAAAAAUGCCGCAUGUCAUCAGUUUUCAUUUUUGAGACGUUAUCAUCUAAAUUUAUAUUUUUCUUAUAACACUAGUUUACUAGCAAUAUCUCCCAAUGUUUUCUUUUGACGAUAUAAAUCUAUAUUUUUCAUAUGUCUUCUUCCUUGUAAAUAUAUAUAUAAUAUAUAAUUCAAUCAAUUAAAUAUAUAUAUAUAUCUCAAUUUUUAAAAUUGCGAUAUGCGACGUUUUCCCUUGCAGCCACAGAUAUCAAAAGUAUAGACACUGGAGUAAAUUAAUACGCAUAGAUAUAAUAUUAAUUUUAUUAUAUUUCAAUCUUUAUAUACAGACAGCGCAUAUCCGCAUGUCAUUACGAUUAGCAUCAAUGAAUGACGAACGGAUUGAGAGCCAAGAUCGAUAUUUUGCUUGUCAAUUGUUUGACAUUUUCAAAUCCGUGAAAAUACGAUAUACACAGUACAUUAAACAGUCGUGCGAAAAACAUAUUAAUGAUGAUAAUAAUUCGUAUUAAUAAUGAUAAUAGAAAUAUCUAUGUACUAUUGUUGCGGACAAUACUGGAUGUAAAUUAAAUAAUCAUAAUAGAAAUAACAAUACUACUAAUAAUAAUAUUAUAAUAAUAAUAAUAAAAUAUUAGCAAUAAAACAAUAUUCGUAAAAAACACCGACAUAGUGAGAAUUGAGAAGUGAGAUUUACACGACACACGUAUAUAUUUUAGUAUAUUUCUGUAUAGUAUACAUAUAUAUAUAUGUAAAAAGUGCUGACACACGUAUAUACAUACUUUUCCACGGCACUUUAUAUAAAUAUAUAUAUACGUGUAAAUCUUACUCCACAUAUCGGUGUGUACACCAUGAAGAAACCAGAGUGCGAAAAGCGAAAUCUUGUACGUAAAGGAAUAAGUAAAAUCAUGUUUUACUAUAUCACAGAUUUCCCAAGUGCGUACGAAUAGGUAUCUAUUAAUUAAAAAAAAAAAAAAAGAAGAAAGAAAUUAACAAUUUCUUUUUGUAUUCGUUCUCUCCGAGAUAUGUAUCGUUAUCUCGGCGUAACGAAAAUCUGAGAAAUAUUUCUGCGUAAUUUCUCACCCUCUGAGUCGGAAAGCAACGUAACUUGCCAUAAAUCACUGAAAAGAAAAAAAAAAUAUGGUCGUUCGAAGAAAUAUCACAUUAAUCCCAAUCUCUCGUCAUGAAGAGAAGAAAUGAUCGCCAUUCCUGAAACGUUCGAUCCGAGUCUUCGGGUGUAAUUUUUUCUUUUUGUAACCUAGGUCAUCAUUACACAGAAAUAAUAGUCUCACAGUAAAUCCGAUCGUUAUCGGCCCUCGAUACCGUCGUGUAUCAUUGAUUAAAGGGAGCCAUCUGCAGGUACUAUUCGCGCGACGAUUCGUACUACGGGAUGCGUUCGAUGGCGUUCCAGUCGAGUAGCUAAAAAAUCGAGUCAACC